CCAUUUUCCAAUCGCCAACCACCUCGCUCCUGCUUAGUUAAACCCGUCGUCAUGCCGUCCGCGGAGGCGGAGUCCCACUCGCCACUCCAAUCCUCAUCCCACUCCCCACCCCGCUGCCGCCGCGAUGCGGCCCUCCUCCAGCCCCGCUUCCCGCUUGCUCACGCUCCUGCUGUUCGUCGUGAUUGCCUGCGCCGUUCCGGAAGCGAGAUGCUCCGAUCGGCGGUUCCCGCACCUCGACCGCGUCCGCGAGCUCCAUCGCCGGGAGGGCUCGUCGUCGGCCGAGCAGGAGGCCGCAGCGCGCGGGCUUCUCGACCGGCUCCUCCCCUCACACUCCGCCAGCUUCGAGUUCAGGGUCAUCUCCACGGAACAAUGUGGCGGGAAGGCAUGCUUCAUCAUUAUCAACCACCCGUUGUUUGAUGGAGAAGGGACUCCUGAAAUACUGAUACUUGGAGUAAGUGGGGUGGAAAUUUCUGCUGGUUUUCACUGGUACUUAAAACACUAUUGUGCAGCACAUAUAUCUUGGUAUAAAACUGGUGGUGCACAAUUAUCAUCCAUUCCACAUCCUGGGUCAUUACCUCGUGUUCCUGCUGGUGGUGUAUUUAUUCAAAGACCCAUUGACUGGAGCUACUACCAGAAUGCAGUUACAUCCAGCUAUUCUUUUGCUUGGUGGAAUUGGGAGCGUUGGGAGAAGGAAAUUGACUGGAUGGCUCUUCAAGGGAUCAAUUUGCCCCUUGCUUUCACUGGGCAAGAGUCUAUAUGGCAGAGGGUUUUUCAGAGGUACAAUAUUAGCAAAUUAGAUUUGGAUGAUUUCUUUGGUGGGCCAGCUUUUCUUGCAUGGUCUCGAAUGGCGAAUAUGCAUGGAUGGGGUGGGCCUCUUCCUCAGACCUGGCUUGAUGAUCAACUAGCUCUUCAGAAGAAAAUCCUUUCUAGGAUGUAUGCUUUUGGCAUGUUUCCAGUUCUUCCAGCCUUUUCUGGCAACAUCCCAGCUGCAUUAAAGUCAAAAUUUCCUUCAGCUAAAGUCACUCACCUUGGAAACUGGUUUACAGUUGACAGCAAUCCAAGGUGGUGCUGCACAUAUCUUCUUGAUGCAUCUGAUCCUUUAUUUAUUGAAAUUGGAAAGUUGUUUAUAGAAGAACAAAUCAGAGAAUAUGGUAGGACAAGUCACAUAUACAACUGUGAUACUUUUGAUGAGAACACUCCUCCACUAAGUGAUCCAAACUAUAUCUCUUCGUUGGGUGCUGCAACAUUCAGGGGUAUGCAAAGCGGUGACGAUGAUGCUGUUUGGUUGAUGCAAGGUUGGUUGUUUACCUAUGAUCCUUUCUGGGAACCCCCACAAAUGAAGGCAUUACUGCAUUCAGUUCCAGUUGGCAGAAUGAUUGUUCUUGAUCUUUAUGCUGAAGUUAAACCAGUGUGGAUAAAUUCUGAUCAGUUCUAUGGUGUCCCCUACAUCUGGUGCAUGCUCCACAAUUUCGCUGCAGAUUUUGAAAUGUAUGGUGUUUUGGAUGCUUUGGCUUCUGGGCCUAUUGAUGCUCGACUAAGUGAUAACUCUACAAUGGUUGGAGUUGGUAUGUCUAUGGAGGGUAUCGAGCAAAAUCCAAUUGUUUAUGACCUAAUGUCAGAAAUGGCCUUCCAUCAUAGACGAGUUGAUCUUCAGGUUUGGGUUGAGACAUAUCCAACAAGAAGAUAUGGAAAACCAGUGAAGGGACUGCAACAUGCUUGGUGGAUCUUAUACCAAACUCUAUAUAACUGCACAGAUGGUAAAAAUGACAAAAAUCGGGACGUGAUAGUAGCCUUCCCAGAUGUUGAACCUUUUGUUAUUCAGACACAAGGGUUAUACAUGAGUUAUGGAAAACUGUAUGCUACAAGAUCACCGAAGAAUUACGUGAAGGGCACCUCCAAUGAUGCAUAUGAACAUCCUCAUCUAUGGUACAAUACCAGUGUCGUUGUACAUGCCCUUGAGCUCUUUCUUCAAUACGGAGAUGAAGUAUCUGACAGCAACACCUUCAGGUAUGACCUUGUGGAUUUAACUCGUCAAGUUCUGGCUAAAUAUGCCAAUGAUGUCUUUAUAAAGAUCAUCAAGAGCUACAAAUCAAACAGUACGAAUCAAAUGACAACCCUGUGCCAGCAUUUCCUCGGCCUUGUGAAUGACCUCGAUACACUACUUGCCUCUCAUGAGGGAUUUCUGCUUGGGCCUUGGUUGGAAAAUGCCAAGGGCCUUGCACGAGACCGAAAACAAGAGAUACAGUAUGAAUGGAAUGCUAGAACACAAAUUACAAUGUGGUUUGACAAUACUGAAACAAAAGCAAGUUUGUUGCGCGAUUACGCAAAUAAGUACUGGAGUGGCCUGCUGCGAGACUACUAUGGACUAAGAGCAGCCAUCUACUUCAAGCACUUGUUACAGAGCAUGGAGAAGAAUGAGCCUUUUGCGCUUGAGGAAUGGAGGCGGGAAUGGAUCAGCCUCACCAACGACUGGCAGAGCGAUAGGAAGGUAUUUGCAACCACAGCUACAGGAGACGCUCUGAAUAUAUCUCGGUCGCUUUACAUGAAGUACUUUGGCAACGCUGAUCUACUUGAGCUAGAAGGUACAUCCUCCCCGGGGGAGUCUGCAAGCUUAUAAGUUCUUGGUGGGGUGGUGAUGAUGGAUUAUGA